AUGUCGACCAAAGCCAAGAAGCCCUCGGGCAAGACCCAGCGCAGCGCGAUCGCCGACGUCGUCGCCAGAGAGUACACCAUUCAUCUACACAAGAGACUCCACGGUGUUACCUUCAAGAAGCGGGCACCAAGAGCCAUCAAGGAGAUCAAGGCAUUCGCUACCAAGUCAAUGGGCACCACCGAUGUUCGUCUCGAUCCCCAGUUGAACAAGAAGGUCUGGGAGGCAGGUAUCAAGGGCGUUCCAUACAGACUCCGCGUCCGUAUCUCGAGAAAGCGAAACGACGAGGAGGGUGCUACCGAGCGUCUGUACAGCUACGUCCAGGCCGUCAAUGUUAAGGAUGCGAAGGGAUUGCAGACUGCUUUGGUUGAGGAUGCUUAG